AUGCAAAUUACACAAUCUCAACAGGAUUCAUUUCAACCAUCUCUUGAACAACAAGUUGAUUCUUUGAAAAAGGAAGUUUCCUUUCUAUACAGCGUGAUUAGAGGUGAAGUUUUGGUUUCGUUUGAUGUGGUUAUCAAUUCUUUCGCCAACAAGUAUUGUUCCAUGAUUAUUAGCAUGGGAGAUUUAUCAGAUAGUUCAAAAUGGGUCUUUACCUUCUACUUGUUUGGAAAAGAUUCUGAUAAAAAACCUGGAGUUGUUGGUGUUUAUGGAAAUAUAAACGGAAAAUUGAUUGCCUUGACCAAUGACAGUGAACCUUUGAGAUUAAAUGAGAAACAUCACAUAGAAUGGAGAUAUAAUAAGCACCAUGGAUCCAUUCUUACUGUCAAUGGUAAUGUUGUUGGUUCUGUUAAGGCAUAUCAAGGAAAUUUGGAAUAUUCAAGAUCUGACAAGAUUUCUAUUGGAAAGAUCAUUUAUAAUGGAGGAGGAAGACAACAUUCUCAAUUGGAUGGAUUGGUUUCCAAUCUUUCUGUGAUUGCAAAUGGUAAAAUUCAUGACUAA